CUCAGAAAUCCCCCACCGAAAGCACGACGACCCUGCAUCGCUCGCAUCUCUCCCUCCCUCCCUCCCUCUUCCUCUUCAAACUCGCUGCAUCCGGUUCCUCGAGUCCAUGGCGGAAUCGUGAAAGAAGAUGUCGGCGAUGGAGAAGCUGUUCGCGCAGAUCUUCGAGCGGAAGGACUGGAUCGUCGACCAGGUCAGGCACCAGGCUCGCCUCUUCGAUCGGCACCUCGCCUCCACCCUCCUCAUUGACGGAGUCGCCCCUCCUCCCUGGCUCCUCCGCUCGCAGCCGCCGUCGCUGCUCCCCGGAGAAUUUCAGAGAGAAGAGCUUAUUGCAGAACUUUUGCAGCCGCAGCCACAAUUUUCAGUUCCUUGUUCCAUUGGUCAUCGUCCCGUUUAUGAUAAACCCAUGCUUACAGCAGACACAAGAGGGUUUCCAGCUGAUUUAUGCGCAGAUUUUCACGCUUUGCAAGACAUAGGUGAAGCAAGCAGUAAGUUGUCAUUGUUGCACGAAAUUCCUAAAGAUGACACUACUUUUGUCCUAAAUGGUACUUCUGAGGCGGAUCCUAACAUUACGUCCCCUCAACAUCAAAGGGACGUGAUAAUCUCAGAAGAUUAUCAUGAUCUAGAUCAGUCACUGGCAAGGGUCCAGAGAUCCAAGGCGAGGCAAACGGCUCUUGAGCUCCGGAACAGUGCAAAGGCAUCUGGAAGUUGUUUACGUGAAAAAGAUCCUAUUGUUGACCCAAGCAGAUCUGCUGCUUCUGGGGUUGCUCCUCCACCGUCUGAAAAUGUAUAUUCUGCAGAGCUGGUCAAGCCUUCUCACACCAGUUCUCACAUCAAUUCAACAGAAGAAACACAAAUGGUCAUCUUCAAGAGUAAGGAAAAGGGCAGCAAAACCAGCAGCGGUAGAGCCAUGAGAUCCUUGAUAUCUGGAAGCUGUUCAAAUGAAUUAUUGGAAAUGGAUGCUCCUUGCAGUAUUGAUCUUGAAGUUCAAAGGCAGAGUGAAGGGGAUAGAGGAGAUUUUUUGAGAAAGGAAAAGGAAAGCAACAUUCGAUGUAGCGAUAUAACAAGACCUUAUAAGUCAACUGAAAAUUGUCAAAUGAACGAAGCUUUGAAGUCCAAUAGUUCCUCCUUUAUUGGAAAGAGCUGUGGUAUGGAUAAGCUAAUGCAACCAGUGAGCCAGGUUGACAACUCUAUGGAGUUGAAUGGAAGUGGCAGCAUGCAUGGACCGGAAAGCAGAGAUUGCCAAAUCAAUGGACAUCAAACUACUGUUGGUUCUGGUGAAAUCACACAGUUGAGAUGUUUUUCCCAUCAACCUAAUUGUGAGGCACUUCCAGGAUUGGAGAUAUCUUCUGACCCAGGUGAUGUGAAGAUGGCUGGCUCUUUAAGAAAGCAAUCGCAAUCUCCCCAAGAUGAUGAUUGUGGUAAUGGCAAUGCAUUAGUAACUGAAAACUUAUUGGUUUCAGGUUGUUCUGUCAACCAGUUGGGUUCUACUCAUUCUGACCAGCUUAUCACAGGCAGUACCCAUAACCUGCCAAAAGCACACGGUACUGCACCAAAUGCCCUGUCCAACUUGAGCGAUAAUGUUGAUCCAGAAAGAUGUUCUACAGAUGCUGCUCAAUCUUCAGUUGCGUUUGAAAAGCCAUUUGAAGGAUCUUCUUUUGGCAUUCCAUCUAACAUUGAUCCUGCUGAUCUGGAAAACGUGCCAGAAGCAUUAGCCUCAAGCCUUUGCUCUGAUUCUGAAGUUCUUUUAAAGCCCAAUCAACUUGACUUCAAUGAUCUCAGAGAGAACAGGACCUGCUUGAAUAAUGUUCCUGGAGCUGUGUCAGAAGAAAGUGUCGAGGACACAGUGCUACGUAAAGGGCUGGUCACCUCGUGGGAGCAGGAAAACUCGUGGGAGCAGGAAAAGAGCUUUGAAGAACUUGGAUCUACUAGACAUUUAGCGAAAAACCCUGUUGACAAGAUAGGUGAGUCAAGCACAUCCUUAGGACAGGAUGAUGAGACAGUAGUGAGUGAAACAUGUGGAAAUGACAAAGACGUCAUUUCUAAUUAUCCCCUACAAGGGAAGAAAUCCAAAAGUAGGAUGUCUUUCAUUGAUCAUUCAAUUAAUUUGUCCACCGCCUGUAAAAAUUUUCCAUGCACAUUAAGUGAUGGACAUUAUUCUUCAUUGUCCGGUCUGAAAUCAAAUGAGGUAAUGAAUACUUCCCAUGAGAAGGAUACUAGAGAGUUUGAAGCAGCAGAAUCAACUGAAGUGGACCUUGGUCAUCAUAAACUAGACCCUGAUUCUUAUGGUGGUCGAGUAAUGCCGAUGGAACUAAUUAGUUCCACGACUAGCGGCACUCCUCAUUUUGCUCCAGUUUUGGAGAAUGUAGCUUGUUUCAAAUCUUCUGACCGUCAAAGUGUGAAGAUAUUACCGUUACAGUCCGACGGCAAUGGUUUUGCAAAUUCAUCGCCUCAGCUUGAUAAAUCAACUGAGCUUUCACCUGCUUCAUUGAGCUUGCAGAUGGAUCCAUUGCACAGUACUUACAGAAAUUGUGGAAAAAGAAAGGCAAUCGGGGCAGAGGAUGAUGAAAAGACUCGUAUUAGUUCUAAGAAAGGGUCUAUAGUUGAUAGGAGCCUCAAUAAUCUGAUGCAGCAUAAUGCCAAGCAUGACGUGACCGAAGCAUUUGAAACCCUGCAGAUGCAGCAAAUUCCGGAGGGUCUCACCUUGGAAGGGCAACAUGAAAAUACAGAUUCCCAUUUGGUGCAUGAAAACCAUGGACAACCUCGCUUAAAUAUUUCUGGUCUAUCUGACGUUGCAUCUUUAGCAAGAAUCGAGGGCACCAUGGAUAAGGAACGUCAAUGCCUGACUGAGGAUAUUUUCAAUUGGACAGAUGAGGAACAUUUAGCUUGUUCUGAAAGACCUGAACAGAAUAGAGAAGCCCAUAACCAAAAAUAUGAGUUUCCUUACCACACACCUGGUUGCCCAUCCAUGGAGCAAGUUGGAAAGGAUCAAAUAAUGCCUGUUUUUGAGGGAUUCAUCAUUUCAACUGAUGAUGAGAAGUCAUUUUCUGAUGAUGGAUAUAGCUUUGAGAAGCUGGAUGUUCAAGAUGGUAUUACUGAACAUGCCAGCGUGCAAAAGCUGCCUUCCAAAUCUUCUUCUGUUCAUACACCGUUGUCCCCUUUCUCCACCGCAUACAAGCUGCAUAAGGCACCGAACUUAUACAAGUCAGUUCCAAACGGCCUUCUUGAAUAUAUGGACAUCGGGAGCACUCUCUCUAUGAAUGAGUGUAAUGGGGUGAACAACUUCGUGAAAAAGGAAGUUGAGCAGGCUCCUUAUGGAAGGUCCCACUCUGAUUGCCUUCCUCUUUCAUAUGCCGAAUCUGCCAGAUAUCAGAAGAAAACCUACACAUCUCCCGUCGGGAAGUUGUGGGAUAUAAUAGCCUCCAAGUCUGGAAGUUCAAAGGAGAAAAGAAGCUUAAAUCCUGAGCUUCCCUGCAUUAGCGAAGAAAAUGAGAAUGCAGAUGAGGUAGCUGAUACAUCAAAAGAGGGCAUUGAUUUAGAUGCUAGAACAAGUGCAGCAAAUAGAAAACCACUUGCUGAUAUUACAGAAGAUCCUAAUUGUCCUGCUUCAGUUUCUGAUACAGAGAAUGAGAUGACAAGAUGUAGUCUAGAUUCCAUCAGAACAGAAAUUAGCUUUGCUGGGACUCAUAGAAAGGCUAAACAGAAGCCUGGGAAGCGGGAAAGCAGCAAGAGGCAUAGGGCGAAGGACAGCACAACCAUGCCAAAAGGGCUGAACGUAGGGAAGAGGCCUGUGGAAGUGCCUAAUAACAGGUUCAGUAAGCCAAAAACCAGCCUCAGGAAAGGUGACAACAUUGUGUCUCAUGUGACUUCGUUCUUGCCACUGGUUCAACAAAAACAAACAGUUGCACCUUUCACAGGGAAGAGGGACAUUAAAGUGAGAGCUCUUGAGGCUGCUGAAGCUGCAAAACGUCAGGCAGAAAAGAAAGAGAUUGAACGUAAAAUGAAGAAGGAAGCAUUGAAACUUGAACGGGCAAGAAUGGAGAAGGAAAACACGAGACAAUUGGAGCUUCAAAGGAAAAGGAAAGAAGAAGAGCAGAAGAAAAAAUUGGCUGAUAUUGCCAUGAAGAAAAGGCAGAGGGAAGAAGAAGAUAGGAGGGAGAAGGAAAGGAAAAGAAAACGUGUUGAAGGUGCUCGGAGGAAUCAAGAGAACCAAGAAGACAUGCCUACUAAAAAGGAGCAGCAAGGACCAAAAUAUCAUGCUGCAAAGAGGGGAGAAUCGGGAAAUGAACUCGGAAAGAAUGAAACAUUAGAGACAGAAAAAAGAGGUGCUUUUCCGGAGAGGAUAGUGGAGAGUGAAGCUGAACUUGACCAGGGCUUAGGCUCUAAACCCUGCUCAACAGAAAGAAUAUGUGUAGAUGGAACAAAUAAGGUAAUAAGCAUUUUGCAAAAAGCAACAGAUAUUGAGGACAGUGUCAGCGAUGGCAAUCAAGAACGAUCAUACGAGAUUUCACCCUACAAAUGUUCGGAUGAUGAAGACGAAGACGAAGAUGAAGAUGAUACACCCAAUGACAAAUUUGUACCUUCAUGGGCAAGUAAAAGUCGUAUGGCGCAGGCAAUUUCCUCUCAGCAAAGAGUGGAUCCAGAUGUAAUUUUCCCCCCAGAUAGCUUUUGUAGUAUAUCUGAAGUUGUCAUGCCUCGGAAGUUUCAGCUAAAAUAGGGAGCACGCGACUUGCCAAACGACCCUGCAAUGGGAUCUAGUCGCACUUUGUACAUUUUCCUCGCGAGACAUAGGCAGCAGCCGAAGAAUGGUGGGAUAAUAAUUACUUUCCGCAAGAUUCCAAGCCGAGGAGGACUCCUAGAUUUUCUCAGGGUUGGUGGGAGUAGCUGAAGACUUUCUUGGCAUGGCAAAGUAAUGCAUGCAUGUACAUAACGUCAUCCAUGGCCUACUGUAGUAGUGUAGUACAAACUGAGCCCCACCAUAUUUGAGUAAAAUCUCUUUACCUUAAA